UAUAAACGCCCGCAAAGUUAAUUCACUAGUCAAAAUACGUUGAAAGAUUGACACAAAAUUUUACAAAAUGAAGACGUUAGUGAAAUUGUUUGUAGUAAUUCUGAUAGUUCACGGUUCAACCGCUGGCUUUGUGUCCAAUGGCUUAAGUGCUUUAAAAAAUGCUUCUGAAACAGUAAAAUCUUCAGUAAGUGGAAAAAUUGAAUCUUUAGCUAACGCAACCAGCAAUAUAAGCGCCAGUAUCUUAUUGAAAGCACUACAUAUUACAGAAAACGGAAUUUUAAACCUGAACAAUCUAAUACAGGGUUUAAGCCUCCCGGGGUCUAACUUAAAAGAUAUUGUGAGUUCCCUAAAUAUAAGUGUUUCAGACGACGGCGAAGUCGAUUUGAAAGACAUUUUCCAAAAUGUUAAUCUAAGUAGUGUAAACAUUCCGGAUGUUUUAAGUUUACUCAACGUGACCAUAUCAAACGGGGUGUUAGACUUUUCAAAUCUGAUAAAAAACAUCGCCAGCCAUGCAAGUCUGUCCGAUUUUGUGAGUGCACUAACCGUACAAACAACUGAAGAUGGUCAACUUGAUUUCACUGGACUUGCACUCAAAUACAUUGGGGAAGUUCUAACAUAUAGCGUGACCACAGAAGAUGGAUACAUUCUAGAAAUAUACCGCAUACCCGGUAAAGGAAAACCAGUAGUGAUAUCUCACGGAUUAAUGUGUACAGCUGACGAUUUUAUAAUAAGAGGUGAAACCUCUUUGGUUUAUAAGCUGGCACAAGAAGGUUUCGACGUUUGGAUCAUUACAUAUAGAGGCAGCAAAUACUCUCGGAAGCAUAUAGAAUUAAAUCCUGACACCGAUAAGAAAGCAUUCUUUAAUUACAGUAUGGAUGAUAUGGGAAAAAAAGAUCUAAAAGCAGUCAUAGAUUUAGUAUUAAGCACUACUGGAGCCGACAGCCUAAGUUUGAUUGGACAUUCCGAAGGCACUUCCGCUGCUUUCAUUUUAUUUUCCUCGAUAGCUGAAUACGCUGAUGUUAUCGACUUAUUCAUAGCAUUAUCACCUGUUGCCGAUUUAUCAGACAGUGGCCUCGCGUUGACUGCAACGAUACGCCUAGGGCCAGCAAUAAACAAAAUACUUUUGGCGUUUGGUGUAGAAGAACUCUUAGGUUUCGAUUCGCUUGAAAGGAGACUAUUCCAAUUUUUAUGUUCUCAAGGCAAAAUCGGUUAUGAAUUGUGCUAUAACGGAAUAUUUGGCGCGUUGUCUGGUUACGAUCCAGAUCAACUGAAUUUGGAGUUCUUCCACACAUUGUUGGGUCACUACCCAGCAGGGACGAGCAGGAAAAACUUGAUACAUUAUGUCCAAGUGGGGAAUAAUAAUAGAUUUGCUCAAUUUGAUUAUGGGUCUAAAAACGAUGAGUAUUACGGUUCAGAAAUACCACCGCUUUACGAUUUGAGUAAAGUGACUUGUAGAGUUAGUAUGUAUAUGAGUCGGAAUGAUCAGAUAGUGGGGUUGAAGGCAGCUGCUAACGUGAGAGACCAGCUCCCUAACGUGGUAGGAUAUCAUAUAGUAGAAUAUGACCCGUUUAGUCAUACGGACUUCACAUAUGCUGAAAAUGCUCAUGAACAAGUGUAUGAGCAAAUCAUUUCUGAAUUAUAUGGUAAUUCCGAUUAGUUGCAAAAUUAGUGGGUGUUUAUAAGUGCAUAUUUAUAAUUCUUAAUUUUACUAUUGUAUAUUGUUGUUAUGGGAGCCGUAAAUAAUGUAUUAAAUAUUAUUAUAACUU